AUAUUUUGGUGGUGGGGAAGAUUAAUUCCUUUGCUGUGCAGAAAAUCGACAGCAGUGGUCAGAUUCCUGCAGAGAUGGAAAGCUCWCUGAGCAGCGUUUCCACGCAACAGCAGCUCAGGCGGCUGUGAGCAGCAGAUGCUGCUGCUGCUGCAGGGAGCCACGGCUCUGUAGAUCUGGUGGGGGUCUCUGUAACCCCCCAGCGUAUCUCGUUAGCGCCAAUGAAGCGACAAGAUGAGCCAGUCGGGGGCUCGACCGAACGCGAUGGCCCCGAGGAGCGAGGCUCUCCCCCCUCCUCACCUUGUGAGCAAACAGACCGCCCACAGCAGGAGGAAGCCACGAUGAAGAGGAGGAGCGAUGACUACCUGCCGGUUCCUGGGGAGGAGAAGAACCUGGAUGGAAGCUUCAGCAGGAAGGCCGGGAGCAACAAGUCCAUACCGAUGAAGACUCUGGACAAUGAUGCGCAUCAAAACCUUGGCCCGUACUUCUCUGACGGACAGCGCCGUGUGGACUAUGCACUGACGUACAGCAUACAGAAGCCCGGUGGUCUCCGGCGGAGGUCGUCCAAAUUUAGCGACACCAACUUCUUACGAAGGCUGCGGCACAGCCUGAGCAUGAGGAGCAGCCAAGCGCCUCUGCACUCGAAGGAGGACCCAGAGAUUGCCGCCCAGGAUCAAAGGACCGACUACCAUGAGGAYGACAUGCGCUUCAGAAGGGAGGAGUUUGAGGCCAACCUUCUGGAGAUGGGACUGGAGCUGGAGAAGGAUGAAGGGAAUAAAAUCCCUGGCAUUGGCUUCUUGAAGAUCCAUGCUCCUUGGAGUGUUUUGUGUCGAGAAGCUGAGUUCAUGAAGGUCAAGAUGCCAACAAAGAAGGUUUAUGAGGUUAAACAAGGCAGCAAUCUGGUGGAGAAGGUCCGUCUGUUCAUUCACAAAAUCACAGGUCCUCUUCACCCCAAAGUGAAUGCUGCCCGACCACAAAACGUCAAGUCCCUGUCUCAUCCGUUCUCCAGAGAGAAGCAGCAUCUAUUUGAUCUGUCUGACAGAGACAAGUUCUUUGACAGCAAGACAAGAAGUUCUAUAGUUUAUGAGGUACUGAAGAGGACAAGAUGCACAAAAGCCAAAUAUUCCAUGGGCAUCACCAGUCUGUUAGCCAAUGGUGUCUACACAGCUGCUUAUCCUCUGCAUGAUGGAGACAUUGAGGGGAUAAGCGCACAACCUAACGACAGAAAGGAAGUAUUUUGGAGAGAAGGUUGGUCUGUAUUUUGCCUGGCUAGGAGUCUACACACAGAUGCUUAUCCCUGCCGCCCUCGUUGGAGUCAUUGUGUUCCUCUACGGCUGUGCCACAGUUGAUGAUAACAUCCCCAGUAUGGAGAUUUGUGAUCCCAGGAACAACAUCACCAUGUGUCCGCUCUGCGACCGCGCCUGCAGCUACUGGAAGCUUGUGACGGCGUGUGGCACAGCUCGAGCCAGCCACCUGUUCGACAACCCAGCCACAGUCUUCUUCUCCAUCUUCAUGGCCCUUUGGGCCGUUCUCUUCAUGGAGCACUGGAAGAGGCGACAGAUGCGGCUCAACUAUGUUUGGGACCUAACAGGCUUCGGAGAGGAGGAGGAGGACCAUAACCGAGCAGAAUACGAGUUCCGGGUCAUGCAAAAGGCGAUGAGACAGGAUCAGUCGGCCCCAAAGGAGGAGAAAGUGAAGCUGACUUGUACAGACAGACUGCCAGCUUACCUGACCACCCUGGCCAUGAUGGUCUUUAUGAUAUCCGUGACCUUUGCCAUCGUCUUCGGGGUCAUCCUGUACCGGAUCAGCAUCAAGGCGGCGCUGCACAUGAGCAGCUACCCUGCGGCUCGGUCCAACAUCCGAGCCACCGUCAAAACCACAGCUGCCAUCAUCAACCUCAUCGUCAUCAUCAUCCUCGAUGAAAUCUAUGCCGCCAUCGCUCGCUGGCUCACUGUACUGGAGGUUCCAAAGACAGACAAGAGUUUUGAAGAGCGCCUCAUUUUCAAAACGUUCAUCUUGAAGUUUGUCAAUGCCUUCACACCCAUUGUCUACUUGGCUUUUUUCAGGGGCAGGCUUGUYGGGAGACCUGGAAACUACUUGUAUGUUGUUGGGUCAUACAGAAUGGAAGAGUGUGCCCAUGCAGGCUGCCUCAUGGAGCUGUGCAUCCAGUUGUGCAUCACCAUGCUGGGGAAGCAGCUCAUCCAGAAUAACUUGUUUGAGAUUGGAAUACCGAAGCUAAAGAAGCUUCUCCGUCAGAGGAAGUCAGAGGUGACCUCACUCCAAGAAGAGGAUCUUAAAACUUUAAAGCGCUAUGAGAAAGAUCAUUUCAUGGGUCCAUUUGUUGGCAUCAACCCUGAGUACAUGGAGAUGAUCAUUCAGUUUGGCAUGGUGACUCUCUUUGUGGCCUCCUUCCCUCUGGCUCCUCUCUUCGCUCUGCUCAAUAACAUCAUUGAAAUUCGUCUGGAUGCGAAGAAGUUUGUUAUGGAGCUGCGCAGACCCCUCGCAGCCAAAGCCAAAGACAUUGGUAUCUGGUACAACCUCUUGAGGGGGCUCAGCAAGGUGGCAGUUAUUGUUAACGCWUUUGUCAUCGCUUUCACCUCAGACUUCAUCCCCCGACUGGUCUAYCAGUACACGUACAGUCCUGACGGGACCAUGCAUGGCUUUAUUAACCACACUCUGUCAUAUUUUAACGUGAGCGACUUUCAGGCCGGCACAGCCCCUUUAGCACCGAUGCAUCUGGGCUACAAUGUGGAAAUCUGCAGAUAUAAGGACUACAGAGAGCCCCCGUGGUCCAGCACGCCGUAUGAACUAUCCAAAGAGUUCUGGGCCAUCCUCGCUGUUCGCCUUGCUUUUGUUAUUGUGUUUCAGAACGUGGUGAUGCUUAUGAGCGACUUUGUGGACUGGCUAAUCCCAGACAUCCCCAAGGACAUCAGCCUCCAGAUCCACAAGGAGAAGAUCCUCAUGGUGGAGGUCUUCAUGAAGGAGGAGCAGGGUAAGAGGCUCGCAGCUCAAGACAACCACAACCAGGACAACUGCACCAGCCCCUCGUCGACCGACCAGAGCCCACCACAACCCCGUUCACGCCCAGGAAACCAUGCUAAAGCCAGCUGGUAAGGCUUUGCAUCUUCAACAGGAAAAACAUGGCUGGCUUUUGAUCAGCAAAGCUGUUUUUAAAAAAUUAUUUUGCUGGAAAAAAA